GCCAAACCCCUUCGGUCCUCCUUUGCACGAUUGACCACCACACUAAACGAUGUCGGUGCAGUCUGUCUUCCAAGAAGAAAAGAACCCUCGCGGGAUCCCAAAAGCUCCCUUCAUUGUCAAUGUCGAGGAGUAUCUCGGCGGCACCGACGGAUCCGUCGAGAAUACAAUCAAGUCGUUCCAAGACGCUAUUGCGAAGUACCGCUACAUGGAGUCAAACCUGACGCAGCGCCGGCAGGGUCUCGAGGACAAGAUCCCUGAUAUAAAAAAGACGCUCGGGAUGGUGGAGUUCUUGCAUGCCAGACGCGAAGGUAAAGGCAAGGUAGAUGAAGACGAGGAUGAUCUCGAUGAUGAGGAAGACGACGUAGAGGAUGCUCAGAAGCAGCUCACGACCACGUUCGAGCUGAACGAUACAUUAUACGCCGAAGCAACACUCGAGGACACGGAUACGGUCUACCUCUGGCUCGGGGCCAAUGUCAUGCUCUCAUACAAACUCCCCGCCGCGAUCGCGCUCCUCACAUCCAAGCUCGAACUCGCCAACACAAGCCUAUCCACAACGAUCGAGGACCUCGAGUUCCUCCGCGAGCAGAUCACCGUCAUGGAGGUUAACACUGCCCGCGUGUACAACUGGGACGUCAAGCGCCGCCGCGAGCAGCGAAUAGCGGAGGAGGGCAGCGGCGCGGCUGCGAAGCAAAGCUAGAGUAGAGUGGAUUCGGAGAUGGUUUUGUAGUCUUACUUGCUUUGAUCUGCUUCCGCACGUGUGUCGCAUGUGGGCGGGGUUGAGAGCUGGAGCAUGGUCGUGUGGCAUGGAGGUGUCGAAUACAAACUUUUUGAUCAGCAGGACCAGCCGACUUAACACUGUAGAAGUGUCACACGAGAAACGAUAGUAUGUAUGCGGCCCCGACGCCGAGCAGACAGACACCUUGCAAUAUAUACAUACAAAAG